GAGAGUGCGAGCAACUCAUGCACAAAUCUCGCACUCGCGCCUGUUUUUAGAAACAGUCUUAACAUUUUGUAUUUUAUUUUGAUCCGGUUCUCGGUCCCCGGAUUACCUACAAAUCUGGUUUCUUUUAUGUGCGCAUGAUUUGGGCACCAAAUACUCUGUGCCAAAUUGCAACUCGCGAUAUGUACUCCUUCAUUCCUUCCCACCUCUAAGGUGUGCAGCCGUUGACAGCAGCGCGAUUUCGUAGACGAGACAUAGUCUUGUCAAUUAUAAAAUGAUUGGAUACGAAAUAAUUGAACGAAUAGACAAUCCAAACAAUUUACAUUGUACAAUAAUAAUAUCUGAUCAAUUGUUGGAGAUACACGUAAAAAAUGGCAGAGGACGAACUAGAUAUGCUUGACGUCGAAUGUCCUAUUUGUUUGGAUGUUUACAUCGACCCGGCCGUCCUGACGUGCGGCCAUCUCUACUGCAAGUCUUGUAUCGAGAGUGUAAAAAAAAUCACCAAAGUUUGUCCGACGUGCCGAUCUCCGAUAAGCAAAAUUAUAGAGAGAGACGAUCGGGUCAAGAAAAUAAAGAAAAUCAUAGCCACACAUUACGUCAUCUGUCCUUUGUGUGGGAAAACAACUCUGUUAUCCGGACUACGUGAGCACAGGACAGCGUGCGAAGAGGCCGCCGAAAAUUCCAACGAGAAAACCUCUGCUUGUAAUCAUUCGAUGUCCAAAAUCAUUCGAUGUGCACUGGAUAAAUGCUCGCUCGCUUACCCGCUCUUUGACGAGAUGAUUGAGUGGUUAUUAUAUCCAUGGUCAUUUAGCCAAGUGUUUUUGUUUUUUUGGACCUGGGAAGUCUACGAUUGGUUGGCGUCGGUAAUGCUUUCGUUGUGGGACUACGUCGUCCAGUGAAAAAAUGUGGCAAAAUCGAGACGUUCACGACAUUUAAAAAAGACGCGGACGAAAAUUUAAAUGAUUCAUUUUUGAAUAGAAAUAACGCUUCGUUUCGGCAAAUCAAAA